CAGGUGGAGUUCACCCGUGAGACGGAGGAAGAGGGGGUCAAAACCCUAAAACACAACAAGCGCAUCCUCUUUCAGAGGAUGGCGCCCUACCCCCAGCGCAAGGUCAUCACAUUCAACCGCUAUAACGACGACUUUGCUUUCUACAUCAACUACGGUGACCUCAGCUUCCUGAGUCAGGACGACCUCAGUGUGUUUGGCUCUCUGAACCUGACCACAGUCAAACUGUCCGGAGUGGGCGACAGCUUUCAGAAGCACGCAGACGCCGAGUCCAAAGGCAUCAAAGCUCAUUUCAACAUGGAUGAGAGCGGGGUGCUCCUGCUUGAUCGGGUGGAGUCUGUGUUUGAAACUAUUGUGGAGGAGAAAGAAGAGGAAUCAACAUUAACAA